AUCGAGACGGAUCGGGAGGUACUCGCUGCUGAACUUCUCAAACCUUCUCUGGCAACCAGCUCUUGCCACUACUUCCACCACUUCUUUCCUUUCACUACUACACCUUCAUCCCUCAAUAUAAGCCCCCGCAACUCGAUGAAUGACUAGGAAUUGCUGAACGUCUGCACCGAAGCUCCCAAGAUUGUGACCUCCUGAAUCACAUUUUCAUUGGAAGCCCCUUGAGAAUGAGAUACCGCGGGGUCUCAGAGUGCGAUGCGGUGCGCACGUGAAGGCUGGUACAGGGGAUAUUUCCUAGUCUUGUUGUUUCUGAUUCUUCUGCGGUCGUCGACAUAUAAAGCGUCGAGUAACAGCUUUCAGCCAGCUCACCUCCCCGCUCUACCAUCAUGGCCGUUAUAUUUCCAUCUGUCGGUCUGCAAAUUCUGAGCUCCCUGAUCUACUUCCUUGGGUUAUCCAUUUUGGCUCAUUGUCUCUCUCGGCGUGUUGAAGGAUUAACCUCCUGGGCAUCUUUUAAGGCAAUGUCGUGGCCCAGGUCAUGCGUUGACCUGAUUUUCCUUGAUUCUUGGCUCUUUUUAUUCUCAAGUGGUCUCCUUAUUUUUGGUGUCGGGCUCGAAACCGUUAUAGGGGCUUGCACGGCCGGGAUCCUUGUUUGCGUCAUUUUCUACGCCAGUUCCAAAGUGCUCAUCUAUUGUUUUCUGGCUGAAAAAGUUCAUCUCGUCUGGUCACCCACGACGGGAAAGAGUCGCUGGCGUUCCUCAGUUUAUCUGGCUUGCAUCACUUCAAUUGUUGCUUAUUCCGUUGUGGUCGUUCUUAUGAUCACUGGACGCGUGCAUUAUUGGAGAGACGAUGGUGUGUGUGUCAUUGGCCUCAAGUCGUACUCCUCCAUUCCUUUAUUAAGUUUUGACCUGUAUAUCAACCUCUUUCUCAACGGCCUCUUCCUGUGGCCAUUGUUCAGGUCCAAGAUUGUUAAUCCGAGAAUCAGAUCAGUCGCGAUACGUACUUUGAUUGCAUCUAGCGCUGCAUUAACUACGUCCUUGGUAAACAUUGGCGUCCUUACGGCGGCACACGGCCAGCAACUUGGCUGGGUGUGUCUGGGCUCUUGCGGUACUGAUGUUAUACUCAACGCUCUUGCGAUCUUCUGGGUUACGAACGGAAGACGGGGUUCCAAUAAUCGCACAGAAGAUCCUGAAAUACCAGGAGAAACUAUACCCCAUGGUCCCGAAUCUCAACGUAUACCUAUGUCCUCGAUAAGGAGUGACAUCGUCCUGUUGUCUUCUCCCAAAACGGCAACCCGUCCCCAGCUACAGCCAAUGCCGAAUUUAGGACCCAUCUGCGAAAACGACAUGGAGAAUAACUCUCUUACUUCGACGCUGACUCACGACUCCGAAAAAAUAGCCAACAACUUGGAGAAACAGCGCUUUCCGAUGAGGAUAUUCGGUAGUCGCAAUGCCCCUCGUCCGCUUGAGGUUCUGGUUACCACGCAACAUGAAGUUGAGGAGGAUCGCGUGGAAACCAUUCAACCGAAACCCUGAAACCCUAAAUUCCUUUUGGGAUAAACACGUUCUUUCUGGUAUUAAGAUGUAUACUUCACUUGUCUGUCACUCUUUAAGUGGCGAAUAUACGAA